AUGGACACACGGUCCGACCUGUUCAAGACGCAGGGCUCGAGCUCGGGCUCGAUCAACUCCAACAACAGCCGCAAGUCCAAGGCGUCGGGCUCGUCACGCUACAGGUCGCGGCUCUCGCGCGCCGCCGCACCGAGGCAGCCUCGGCGAAAGGUGUCGCCAGCGCUCGCGGAGGUGACGACGAUGCGUGCGGUCCGCUUUUCCGGCUACAAGCCCACCGCGCCGGCCGAGCAGCGCGCGCGCCAGCCGAUAGUGGUCUCCUCCUACAGAGAGACCGCCACCCUCGAGAUGGAGCGCGAGCAGCAGCCCGCGUGGAUCGCGCACAACGAGGUGCACCUCUCGCGCGUCUACCCAAAGGGAGGGCGCGUCGACUCCAGCAACAUCUCCGACCUGCACGCGUGCCGCCUGUGGGGCGCCGGCGUCCAGAUGGUGGCGCUCAAUGUGCAGACGUGGGACGGCGCGAUGAUGGUCGACGAGGCGCUCUUCCAGCUCAACGGCGGCUGUGGGUACGUCCUCAAGCCGCAGCUGCCGCCGCGCGGCGAGGUGCUCGGCUCGGGGGUGCUGCUGUCGAUCCGAAUCAUGUGCGCGUCCAACUUGCCCAAGACGCGCGACGAGCGACUCGUCCCGCGGCCGUGGGACGAGUGGCACCCGCAGGGCGCCUUUGCGCCGCAGCAGCUGCACCCGGGCGGCAUCGUCUCGCCCGCGUGCGAGGUGGAGCUCAUCGGCGGGAUGGUGGGGAGCGAGGACGCCGAGCUUCUCGAGGAGCGCUGGUCGCGAACGACGUCGACGGUGGCCAGCAACGGGCUCAACCCGUCGUGGGCGGGCGAGGAGUUCCGCUGCGCGUGCUACACGCCCGACCAGACCUUCCUCAAGCUCUCCGUCAUCAACUGCCGCACGCAGGUGAUGCGGCAGGGCUCGAGGCAGCUCCUGGCGUACGAGGCGGCGCUCGUGGGCGCGCUCCGGCCUGGCUACCGCGCGGUGCCGCUCCGGAACCCCAGCGGCGGCGCGCCGAUCGAGUCGUGCUCCCUGCUCGUGCACAUCGAGAUGACGCCGCUCCCGCCAAAGCGGCCGGCCGCCUUGCCGACCCACGGGAGCGCCGAGUCGCUGGCGAGGGAGGGGGCGGGAGGGUCGAGCAGGCCGGCCUCGCGCAGGCUCUCGCUCAUGGCGAGGUCCAAGUCGCGGCGGACCCGAAAGAAAUAG